CCCGUGCGAGCGUCUCGGGCCGCCGCCGCCCUCAUGGCCGCGCUGCACGCGCUGCAGCAAUGGUGCCGGCAGCAGUGCGAGGGCUACCGGGAUGUGUGUGUCACCAACAUGACCACGUCGUUCCGCGACGGCCUGGCCUUCUGCGCCAUCCUGCACCGCCACCGGCCGGACCUGCUAGACUUCAGCACUCUCAAGAAGGAAAACGUUUAUGAGAACAACAAACUGGCCUUCAGCGUGGCCGAGGAGAAGUUGGGCAUCCCCGCCUUGCUGGACGCCGAGGACAUGGUGGCCCUGAAGGUUCCCGACCGGCUGAGCAUCCUGACCUACGUCUCCCAGUACUACAACUACUUCCACGGCCGCUCCCCCAUCGGGGGUGUCGCUGGUGUGAAGCGGCCCCCGGGGAACUCGGCCGAGGAGCCCACGGAGAAGAAGGCGCCGCCCCAGCCGGCCCCCGCCCCCACCCCCACAGGCCCCAGAGAACCCAGGAAGGAUGGGGGCGCCGAGGGCCCACCCCCAAAGGCUGGCCCGGCGUCGGUGGGCGGCCUGGUCAGCAGUACCUGUGCGAUCUGCGGCACCCACGUGCACCUGGUGCAGCGGCUGCUGGCUGACGGGAAGCUGUACCACCGCAGCUGCUUCAGGUCCAAGCCGCCACGCCCCAGCACCGGAGAGCCGGGCGUGCCCCCCUCCGCCAGCCACCACCCCGGAGCCAGCUCUUCCGGUUCCCCGCUGCGGGGUGUGGCCCCCAGACAGCAGGGGGCUGCCCCCUUGGGCUCGGGGUCCCUCAGCACCCCGAGGAAGGCCCAGGAGGCAAACGGGCUGGGGGCGGUGGGGUCUUCCUCUGGGCCUCCAACUACCACCUCAUCCCGCGUCCACGUGUGGAGUCCGGUGGCCACCGCCGGUGCCGGCGUCCGCGUGACCAACAGCUCCCCGACCGGCUGGGGCACGGCGGCGGUGGCCUCCCGCCCUGCCCUGUCCCCCGGCACUCCGGACCCGCGCCCGGUCACACCACCAGCACCCCGAGAGGCUGCUGUGCCGCCCAAGCUCAGGCCCAGCCCCGGCUCGGAGCCCGCAGGCACGGCAGGGCCCCCCGCCCCGCCCCUGCAGGCCUCCAGGACCCAGCAGGCGCGGGAGAAGUUCUUGGGGCCGCCGGCAGCCCCCGGCCCCGCUGCCGCUUCCCGGGACAGCAGCAGGGAGCAAGCGCUGAGCCUCCUCAGGAAAGCCCUGCCCGGGCUGUCGGCUGACACACACGCACCCGCCAGGCCCUCCCCAGCCACCUGCUCUGCCCCGAAUCCCCAUCCCAACACGGGACGCAGCCCCCCGGCCAAGCCUCCGUCCCAGGCCCCCCGCCCAGCGACGAGGACAGAGCCGCCGGCCCCUGUGAGCACGGGCCACACCUCGACAGCAUCCCCCUCGCCCCGGGCGGGCAGGGGCCACGCGGCUGUGCCCACAGGGACGAGGCCCGAGCCCCUGACAGCACAGGGCCCAGGCGCCAGCCCCCAGGAAGCCCAGGACGGGCCUGCGGGGUGGAGGGCCCACCUCAAGCCGGUGGACGCUCGGAGGAGCCCGGCCCGGAGGGCUCUGGAGCAGCCGCAGCCGCGGGCAGGUGACGUCCCCAGGAAGGUCUCGGGCGGCUCCGAGGGGGGACGUCCGGAUCACGCUGACCCCUGUGCGGCCGGACCAGACACCAAGCCCCGCCGGCCCUGGGCCCCGCCUCCUAGCCCCUCCCCGGCCCGCGCCGGCAGCCGCAUCCCCUUCCGUGCCCCAGCGGAGGAAACUGGCCGUGCCCGCCAGCCUCGAUGUCUCUGCGGACUGGCUGCAGCCCGAGCCCUCGGGGCAGGGACCCCGGCUUCGAGCAGGAAGGAGAAGCAGGGCAGGUCCGUGGGCCCAGCCACCGUCGCUGCCCCCUCUGUGACGUCCCCCGUGCGGCUGCACCCCGACUACGUGCCCGAGGAGGAGAUCCAGCGCCAGCAGCUGGACAUCGAGCGGCAGCUGGACGCGCUGGAGCUCAGGGGCGUGGAGCUGGAGAAGCGGCUGCGGGCGGCCGAGGGCGAUGACACGGAGGACGGCCUCAUGGUGGACUGGUUCCAGCUCAUCCACGAGAAGCAGCUGCUGCUGAGGCUGGAGUCAGAGCUGAUGUACAAGUCCAAGGAGCAGCGCCUGGAGGAGCAGCAGCUGGACAUCGAGGACCAGCUGCGCCGGCUGAUGGCCAAGCCCGAGGGGCUGAAGUCCCUGGGUGACCGGCAGCGGGAGCAGGAGCUGCUCAGCCAGUACCUGAGCACCGUGAAUGACCGCAGUGACAUCAUCGACCUCCUGGACCAGGACCGGCUCAGGGAGCAGGAGGAGGACCAGGUGCUGCAGGACCUCAUCCAGGGGCUGGGCCUGCAGAGGAAGAAGUCCAAGUUCCGCCUGUCCAGGAUCUGGUCCCCGAAGAGCAAAAGCGGCCCCUCGGGCUGAGUCCGCCCCUCGCUCACCCAGGGGCCCUGCGUCCUCAAUAAAGCACUGACAGAG